ACAGAGCCAGACUGAGUGCAAUAGCGGCAGGGCUGGGCUCCACACACACACACCCUCAACAGAAACACACACCAGAAAGGAAAAGGGAUGGCCUAGGUGUGUUGUGUUGUCAGCAGUCAAUCAGCAGUGAGCUACCUGGGCCAGAGGUGUGUACCAGAGGCAGCAGCAGGUUGCAGAGAUGAGUGUGACCUCCUGGUUCCUGGUGAGCAGCGGGGGGACUCGCCACCGACUCCCCCGCGAAAUGAUCUUUGUCGGCCGGGAUGACUGCGAGCUCAUGCUGCAGUCCCGCAGCGUGGAUAAGCAGCAUGCAGUCAUCAACUAUGAGGCUGGGACAGACGAGCACAAGGUCAAGGACCUCGGCAGCCUGAAUGGGACCUUUGUAAAUGAUGUCCGCAUCCAGGAGCAGAUGUACAUCACUCUGAAGUUAGAGGACAAGCUGAGGUUUGGAUAUGAUACCAACCUGUUCACGGUGGUGAGAGGAGAGCUCACUGUGCCUGAAGAGGCUCUAAAGCAUGAAAAGUUCACCAGCGGCCUCCAACUCAGCAAGAAGCCAUCCAACGGUGAAACCACUACCACUACAACCACAAGCAAGUCCCCCACUAAGACCCCUACAAAGACGCUCAGGUCUCCCAGUGGCAGCACCCCAAGGCCAGGGGAGAGUAGAGUAAAAGACGGGGUUUCUUCUUCCAAAGAGCCAACAGCUAAACCUGUGGAUACUCACAAAGCGGAGGAGAGGAUAGGAGGGGAUGUUACAGCGCUGCCCCGUGGGACCCCACUGUAUGGCCAGCCGUCUUGGUGGGGGGAUGGGGACGCAGACGAUGAGAACUCCUUUAAGCAGGAAAGCAAGUCAUCCAACAAAAAACACGAUGGCUCUAUUUCAGAUAGCAAAGAGGCCCGUCGAGGGGAGAAAACUAAAGAGGACGGCCUUCAUGCAUCUGCCCACGAUUCUAGUUACUUUGAGAUGCCUACCAAGGAGGGUCACUUGGCCAAUAACGGCAUCCAUGAGAUUCCCACCAAGGACACAGAGGGCGCCAAUGCUCAAACUGCUGCAGGAGCUCAAGGUCACGCCUCCUUCACCAUAGAGUUUGACAACACUUCUCCUGGGAAAGUCACCAUUAAAGACCAUGUGUCAAAGUUCACAUCCGACCACCACAGAUCUCGCUCCAAGAAGAGUGGAGCUGGAAGUGGAGGAGCAGGAGGGAGGGACUUGAGCACACUCCAAGCUGCUAUGAUGGCGUCGGAGAGCAAGGUGGCUGAUUGGCUGGCUCAGAAUGAUCCCACUCUGGUGCGCAGCGAAUCAACGGAGGAUGACAGCAAGAGCAUCAAGAGCGACGUGCCAGUUCAUCUCAAAAGGCUAAAAGGCAGCAAGCAUGAAGAUGGCACCCAGAGUGACUCAGAGAAUGGGCUGGGCCUACGUUUCGCCAACCGCCGCCACGCCCUCGAGGAACGCCUGAAAGCAGCACACGGCCACGUGGGAGGAGGAGCCGGAGGAGCAGGAGGGGGAAACAUAACAGUGAGUGGGUCCAGAUCAAGUGGCAGCCGCACUGCCUUCAUGAUCGAGUUCUAUGACGAAGAAAACCCUCGUAAGCGCCGGUCGUAUUCAUUUUCCCAGACUGCACCCCUGCUGGGGGUAGGAGCAGGCGGGGAGGGACUGUGUCCGCAGCCUCCAUCUCACCCCAAGGUGUUCAGCAUUUCAACUUCUGCUACUACAGCCUCAGACUCAGGUAAGGUCCCAGCUCCGAUACCAGCUACAGUGACAGCAGGUGCCCCUACGGCUGCCCGUGUCCUUCUCAAACAGAGGUCAGAGGACCCAAGUAUCGGCCGCAGCUCAGCCAGUACCGGGCUGGCUACAGGCAGCCCCACCAGCCCCAGCGAGGACGCCUCAGUCCUGGGGAGAGGAGCUGGAACUGCUGGAGGUGAGGCAGAGGACGACCACAGCGAUAAAGGGACCUACACUAUCGAACUGGAGAACAGGAAUGCAGAAGAAGAGGAGGCCAGGCGCAUGAUAGACAAGGUGUUUGGUGUGCAGCAGAACCAGGACUCCUCUAUUCUUUCAGACCUGAAGGGAGAAGGAAAAGGAAAGGAGACAGGAGAGACGGGGAAAGAGGCUCUUCCCGGCGACUCGAGUUGGGUCUCUCAGUGGGCCAGUCUAGCUGCCAAUCACACCAGGACAGAUCCAGAGGGCUCAGGAGCAGAAACAGCCACCUUCCUCCACAAAGAGAGAGUAACUGAUGCCUUUGAGUCCGGUGCGUCCCUCAGCAGAGGCGAAUCUUCCUCCAGUCUGACCGACCGUAAGCGCAGGACUCUGCCCCAGCUUCCUGUGGAUGACUCUCGGGCUAAAUCCACCACCAAAGCUCUUGGACUGAGGUCUGAGAUUGGGGAGAAACAGGACACUGAACCCCAGGAAAAAGAGAACAAGGGAGACGGGGAGUCCCCGACUCCCAUGAGGGACGGCGAGAUGACCAGUAAAAGGAAACCAAGCUCUACAUCCUCUCCAUCCAAGGCUCCUGUCCGGUCCUCUGGCAGCACUGAGCGGAGGAAGAGGUCAGAGGAGAGGAAAGGAGGAGGAGGAUCAGGAGAAGGAGGAGAUAAGUCUGGGAAGCCUCUAGUGCGACAGGGCAGCUUCACGAUUGAGAAGCCCAGCGCUAAUGUCCCUGCAGAGCUCAUCCCACGCAUCAACAGAGGCAGCAAUGGGCGCGAACGCAGUGACUCUGUGGGCAGCAUGGAUACUGCUACGCUACUGAAGGACACUGAAGCUGUCAUGGCCUUCCUGGAGGCCAAACUAAGAGAUGAAAACAAACUAGACCAGAAGAGUAGUAAAACUGGUAUCCCCCCUCGGACUGACUCUAUCUCUCCCGAGUCAGAUGUCGACACGGCCAGCACAGCUAGUCAUGUGGCUGUAGAGGCAGAGAGGAAAGCUGGUGGCGAACAGAAAAGACGUUCCUUCAGCAGCAUGCACCGGGAGAAAAGCAACAUGAGCACGGCUUCUAAGACCAGCGUCACUAACGCGAGUGCCCGUGACCGCUUGGAGAGGAAGACUAAAACAAGAACUGUGGAAACGACAAGUCGGAAUGAUGCACGGCGCUCUGUUCAGCCAUCCUCCAGAGGACGCCAGCCCUCUCUGGAUCUCACUGAUGAUGACCAGACUUCCUCCUUCCCCAUCUCUGACAUCCUCUCCUCAGACCAGGAGACCUACUCUGGACCUAUGGGGCGCUCAGCACUCGAUAGAUCUGCUAAAACCUCAACCAGUGGAUCCAAAACCAGGAGCACUCUCCAGGCAGCCACAACCGCCUCCCUGAGCAAGCAGGCCUCACUACCUCAGCCGCGGCCCACAAGAGCCUCCCUUCUCCGCCGCGCCCGGCUAGGGGAUACCUCUGACACAGAUCUAGCUGAUGCAGACAGGGUAUCUGUGGCUUCUGAGGUGUCCACCACCAGCUCCACCUCUAAACCGCCAUCUGGUCGAAAGGGUUUGUCACGACUGGACAUGCUGGCUCAGCCGCGUAGGACCCGCCUGGGCUCCAUCUCCGCCCGCAGUGACUCAGAGUGUACAGUGACACGGAGCUCCACCUCUUCACCCCGCCUGUCAGCGGAGACUGCUCUGCGUCUGGGCCUGCGCUCAUCAACACCAACAGAGAACAGGCUGACACCCAGGAUGAGGGCCAACAGCGUGUCCAAACUGAAUGAGACCAAGACCAAGACCACUACAUCUGGCUACUGCUCGCCAACAGAGAGCUCUCAGCCCGAACCUGAGGGCGGUGAUGCAGAGGACGAGCAGAUGGUGUCCAGUAGCAGCAGGUGGAGACGUCUGCCGCCAGAGUACGGCUCCACCUCGGAGGAAGAGUUUGGUUCGAACCGGAAUUCUCCGAAGCACGGAGGACGCUCCCACGUGCGGCCACAUCAUCUCACAACACACCGAAACUUGAGACUUGGCAACACUGCAAGCCCCAGCUCUAGCGUGGUGACGGGUCCGGGUGGAGUGGCGAUCAAACACCGCAUGAAAGAGCAAGAGGAGUACAUCAAGGACUGGACAGCGCACAGCGAGGAGAUAGCCAGGAUCAGCCAGGACCUGGCUAAGGACUUGGCCAUCCUGGCCCGUGAGAUCCACGAUGUGGCUGGCGAGAUUGACUCAGUCAGCUCAUCCGGCACGGCACCCAGCACCACCGUCAGCACCGCCGCCACCACCCCGGGAUCGGCCAUCGACACCCGGGAAGAGGUAGGCCCCGCACGGCCCACGCAGCCGGACAUACAGGAGAGCAUGAGAAAGUUGGUGGAUCGAGUGUUUGACGAGAGCCUCAACUUCAGGAAGAUCCCGCCUGUGAUUUCAACCAAUAAGGCACCAGAGAUCAACGGUAAGCCAGUGGAGCUCCGCCCCCGUGCCCCUGACAGUCUGGAGCCUCGAGCUCUGAGGAGACGGACCUGGAACCGAGAAGAGGCGGUGUUGGACAGCCUGCUGCUCAAUUCAGUUUCUCAGCUGUCCACCAAGAUCAGACACUCUAUCGACAAAACAGCAGGAAAAAUCAGGAUAUUGUUCAAAGAUAAGGACAGGAACUGGGACGAAAUUGAGAAUAAACUGCGGUCGGAGAGUGACAUACCACUCCUGAAAACCUCCAACAAGGAGAUCUCCUCGAUUCUGCUUGAACUGAAGAGAGUUGAGAAGCAGCUUCAAGUCAUCAACGUGAUGGUAGACCCAGAUGGGACUCUGGACGCACUGGCCAGCCUCGGCCUGACCAGCCCAACAACCCCUACCAAACCCCAAACCGCCAAAACAACUUCCCCCUCCGCCACCAGCCCUGGGUCUGCACCCGCCGCCAAAGAAUCACUGCCGGAGAUCCUCCCUGGGCCUGGAGGAUCAGCAGCGUCCGCCAGGGUUCAGGCUUCCUCUGCCAGCACGGAGGAGACCGCACGAGACCCCAGCCUGAGUCUCGGUUUAACAGGAGUCGGAGGUCUGCCAUUCAACCGCAUGCGGCCGAGCGGCGAGGAGGCCAUCGCUCAGAAGUGAACAGAAAGUUUCCCUGAAAUCAGUGUUACGUGAUUAAAGUCUGGAUUGGAGUGCAGCUGGCUGGCGAUCAGUCUUCACAAUAACAAAGCAGGUGUAGAAACAGUUCUGCUGAUGACACCAGUCUAGGAUUAUGGUUAUAAUAUAAACACAAUUUAGCAAAAGUUUUACCAGAUCUGGCCGGAAAUGAAGUUCUUCAACUGGCCCAGACCCCGACUGAUGCAUCAUGGAUAUACUCUGGAACAGGAAAUUCACCUGAAUUAUUAGAAUAGUCAUAAUAUGAGCUUUUUAAGUUGAAAACUGUUCAUGCUUACUGGCCAACCCGACUUCCUGACGGACUGAAGGCCACCUGGCUGCUCUCUCAGUGGACAGAUCUCUGUGGUUGUACAGUCUCCACUCUCCUCCAGUCUCCUCCUCUUGCCUUUCUCCAUGUGUCUGGACCCUACCUACACUAAGGACAUGCCUUAAAAACACAUACUCGAUGGUAGCAGCCCCUCUCCCCGCAUAUAAUAUACAGAACAACUUUUAAAACAAGACUUUUAAAACAAUACUUUCAGACAAACAGAAUGCAUUGUAAUAUAACACUUGCAAAAUAUGCUCUAUUUACACUAUGAUGACACGCACUGCAGUGAUUUAUUAGCUCUUGUUCAGUACAGAGAAUAUUUCAGCAGCCUUAAGUAACCUCCCUGAUAAACCACACAGUCAUAGAGACAUGAUUUGUGUCUGAAAUGGUUCACAAAUCAAGCAGAUGUUUUUCAUAACUCUAACCGUCCAUUGAUGCGUCUCUGAAACUGAAGGAUUUGUAGUGCCUCCCCAUCUCUGUGCUCACCUAUUUCUCCUUCACCCUUUAUGUUUUCCUCUCUCCCUCCCUCCCUUCCUUUCCCUCCCCAGUAGUUGGAAAAAGUUUGUCCCUCCAGUAGCAUGUACAGGACAGAGCUGAGAGCUUUCUUCCUGCAAGUUGGUGUCUAUGUUGACCUUACUAAUACUGAAUGGUAGUUUUACACGAUAGUAACAGCCUUUGGGAAACCAAUGAUCAUUUUUCAGACAAAAAUAAUCACUUACCAAAGUUAAUGUUUAGCUAUAUUGUCAUUUUCGAACAGUUGAGCCAUCUAGAAAUUCAUCUGUUGUGCAAAAGCCUGAGAAUCUGUAUUUAAAAUAGGCAGUUCAUCUCGAACCUGCAGUUCUCCAUUUCUCUGAAUGUCAAAGACCAUUUCUCAUUCAAAAAGCAUAUUUAUUCAAACACCAGUUUAAUCAUUGCUGCGUAUCUUUUUUGGCCCUUGCGACGCGGCCUAUGAGAUUCAGUGCCCUUAGCUUUUUUGCUACAGUACAUCCACUCAAGUGUCCUAUGAUUUCCAAUUGGCUUUUUCUACUUUUUCCAGUCACGGACGAUGUGACAUGUUUUUACACUAGCAAAUAUGCACAAAGAAAAUAACUGUUUAAACUAAAUAUUUUAUAAUAUUUAGAUACUGGUGUUGUAGAUAUUGUAGACUUUACUUUUUAAUGUUGUGAAUCACCUCACACUUCAUUUUCUUCUGUCUAUCUCUCAUCUAUGGAAGCCCUGAGAGCCAAGUGAAACAAAAAAUUCUGGUGACCCAUUUUCUCUUUAUGACUCCAGAGCAUUUUUUCGCAAUGUUGAAAAAAAGUUGCCAGGAUCAUUUUUACACUCAUUUUAUUUUUUUCAUCUGUGAAAUCAGGUAAUAAAAAAAAGAAAUAUUCUUCCCCCUCUUUUGUCAGGAAAAUAUUUUGUUGUUAUAACAAUGCACCAAAUGUUCUAAAUACGACUAAAAACAUUUAUUUUUGUUCUUUCAGUUCACCCUCUACUCUUAACACAAGGUAUUGUGUUUUAAAAAAUAGUACUACGACAACAAACACUUAUAAAAAUGAUCCUGACUAUUUUUUUUAAUCCCACAAGUUUCACAAAUGAAAAAUACAAUUUAAGGAACUGAGAAAGAUUAACCUGUCAAAACCCAUUUUCACCCAGAAAACUUUUGUUCUCACUUGCCUCUCAGGGGCAACACGAAACCAGAACAUGGAAAAGCUGCUGGAUUUGGUUUUAAUUAUCGUCUUGUUGAGAAAAACAGGCGACCUACAAAAGAGGCCUUUUGUGCUUCAAAAUGUGUCUUUGAGGAACGUUAGUGAGUAGAAAUGAACAAGUUUGAAAAUAAGCUCCCCGUCUAUUUUAAUAAUUCUUAUGAUGCGACUUCAUAUCAGUGUAUAUAGGCGGAUUGAUCUAUUUCCACUAGGGGGCGUACUGAUACUGUAGUACUGCAGAGACCGUGUGGUUAACCUGUUCAUUUUUCACUUUGCUGCUUUUCUAGUUACUUUAAGGGGACAAACCUUUUUCUGAAUCUUUUCCAGCUUAUAGUCUGUGUUCUAGAUGACUUAAAGGCCGUAUAUUAGGACUUAGAUACUCUUGCAAUAGUGAAUUUAGGUACCAGAAUACAUGUUCAUUUCCUUCUAUCUAUACUGUACUGUAAAUGUUUAUUUUUCAAUGCCUCAAAGUGCCCAUUUUGACUAUAGAAGGGCAUUGAUUAAAAGAAAAGAAAAAGAUGUAGUCGUCUAAAAGAUUUCUCUUAUUUUGCACAUCAGAUUGUGGUGUUUUUCAUACAGAAGUAGUGAAGAAGCAGUGAAAGGCUGCAUCAAAUGUCAAAUGGUUUGACAGCAUGGUAUCACUGAUAUCAGAAGUGACUGCCUUGACUCUCUGGAACUUUUCUGUCUGUACAAACAAAACCUCUAAUCUUUUUUUUUCUUUUUUUCCCCCUUCCCCCGUUUUAUCAAAAGAAAUGAAGUUAGGGGACUGUGAAUGCUAGGUACAUGUUUAUUUUUUAAAUUCUACAUGUGUCAUCCGAUCAGUGUUCUUUGUCGUUUUGUAAAGAAAAAAACACCAUUUUAUUUAUUUUUUUUGUUUAAUAUUUUGUGGAUGUUUCAUGCAUUUUAUAUUUGUUCAACUAUCUGCAUUGUUUCUUACUGUUAAUAAAACAGAGCCAUUCA